UGCCUUUGACCUGCUUCAAUGUGCCUCCGCAUUGGCCAGAACCGCCUGCCUUGGCGACUUGCCCGCCCUUGCCUCCCCUCAACUGUGGGGUCAGCCCCCCGACCGAACUCACUACCUCACGCAGUCAAGGCAGUAUCCGUCACCCGGGAAGGUCGACACCAGCCUUUUCCAGGUGGAUCUGGACCUGUUGGCCCUUGACUUCCUUGGGAUCUGGGACGGGAGAGGGGGGGCAGCCACGGAGCCAUCGAGCGUGGGGCCGCCGACUCUGCGUAACUCGACGGAGACCAUACCUUACCUUAGACUUUGUCGUCUCGCCCUCGCCUCUCACACCUGCUUCUCAUAAUAGUCGCGACUUUUCCUCCUCUUCUUUUCUGCGAUCCCCUCUCUCUACUGUGUAUUAACUCAUACCUCACAUCUUACACCACUUACUUACCACUCUGCCCAGACCCAACUACAAAGGCAGAGAUUUCCAAGUCAGGCUGAACUGAACACCAGGACACCCAGUAGCGCUGCCGCAUGUGAUACCUACUGUCACGAGUGCCGCCGCCAACACAUACACACAACCAACCACCACAGUCGCUCAGACUGAACCAGUGGCAUCUCGCCUCCUCAAAUAUCUUACAUCUCCCGCCCGGCAAGGAGUGGCCGCGAGGGAGCGAUAUCUCUGCAAAGCAUACCCUUACCUGUAUCACAACCACAAUCAUGACUUCAACCACCACACCAAUGCCCAACAUCGGCGGCCUGUUGGCUCCAUUACUGCCUGCUCUCGUGCCAGCAAGCAUCUCCAAACAGCCCGCCAUCGGCGUCUUGCCUCUUCUCAGCCCUAUUCUGAGGCAAAGAGUCCAACUUCUUUCAGAGGCCAGCACUGAGCCAUGGCUCCGUCUCCUCGCAUAUGACACCGACAAGGCGGCGCGCCUGGCAGAGAUUGUUCAGAGCGGCAGGCUAGAACCUCAUCCCGUAUCUGGCGAGGUUGAGGUAGACUGGGAAUAUGACGCGAAGACGAGGUACAGGCGGCUCGAUCUCGAGACCCUGCAGGCCUUUGUUGCUCUCGAAGAGCUCGAGUUGACCUUCCAACUAAUCUACUGCGUCGGCGACAAGGACGGCGGCGGCGACGGCUGGAGGAUCGGCGAGGUUAGCGUCACCGACAAGGCGGCACCCUUUGGAACUUUUGGCGGCUAUUCGACCAUCGCUGAGGCCGAAAAGGCCUAUGCAGACGAAAAGUCAAAGGCGACGACGACGUCAAAGGCAGCAGCCAGCUCAGCGUACAACGACGCUGCCGAGGCGGAUGACGACGAGGACGAUGGCUACUGGGACAGAUAUGAUGCAACUCCCGCCCGCACGCCAGCUAACGAGUCCCCCGCCGCCGUCAAGCGUUCCCCCGCGCCGCACGUACCACAGGCGUCGCAGCUGGGCCAGUUCCGAACCGACUCGGCAGAGGAUGCGUACUAUGCGCAAUAUGAUUCAGUGCAACCGGCAAUGGACGCUCACGAUCCCGACGAAGAGGUUGAGGGUUUCGAAACGGCCCCUCCUCUGGGACUUGGCGCUGUCGUAGGCCAGCAUAACUCGGAUCAGGGUCUGAACGAGACAAACGGCUCCUGGACGCUGGCUGAACCCCCGCGGUCGCCCUCAAUUCACAGCCAGAUUGACGAGGACAGGGCUGCUGUACUCCUUCACCCGCGCCCGGCUUCGAGCGCUAGCAGCAACGGCAGCCGCUUGGUCGAGAAGCUCGAGGAGAGCGUGGGCAAGCAGGACCAGAACGAGUUCGGCGUGAAGCAGCACGUGUCGAGGAGCAUUCGCAGUCUCUUCCUGCUGGCUCGUUCGUCUGGUAUCGACAGGGAAGAGUUUGAGCGUUUGGUGAAGACGGAGCUGGAUGUCCUUGGCAUGAUUGAAGACGACGAGGUUUGAAGUUUCGAGGCUGGCGGACUUUUCUUGUAUAUGACGUUUCUCCUCCUCGGUGGUGCUCCGUGGGGAUUUCCGCGGUAUCAGGCUGUCAUUCGGCAUAGGAUUGGGUUGGGCUGCAUGUAACGGGGCGUUUAUCCAUGGUCAUAUCUUUGAAUACUGAGGUUUAAACAAAUAUCUCGUAAAAAAAUGGUAUCAAGUGAAAAGAAGUCCAAGUUAUAGCGGAGAAAGCAGCUGCUACCGGGAAACGUGGUAGCAUAUAGGAAGGAAACGCUCAACAAUUCCCGUAGUCUGAUGAGCGAACCCCGGCGCUGAUGGUAGUUGAGUACAAGUCGGGGAAGAAGAUGUUGUCCAACAAAGUGCCAACGUUAGGCUUGCUGACCGAAUGAAAACUUGAGGAAGACGGAGCGUGAUAAGGAACAAGAAUGGGCGCCUCCGAGUUGAUCGUAAAGACAUAGGUCCAUAAGUUGAAGAGUAGGUAAGAGUAGUCGCAUCAAGGUAGUCGUCUAUUUGGCCGGUCCCAACGCUUGUGAACCUUCCAGCAUGCCUCGGUCUGAGAUAGGGAAGAGGGAGGGGAGCGGGGGGGUUCGAAAUGAACCGACGGCUGUCCAACCGCAUCGCCCCUACUAGGUAUAGGGAGUCUCGAUCGUCUGAUCUCUGACAUUCCUCGCGACGAACGAAUGGGGGAGACUCCGGUGUAGGCUGUAUCUAAUUACGGCAUCCACGUUCAUGAUGCACUGUUGAUGAAGAUUUUCGACAUGGAUUCCUCUUGUUGCUGGGAGCAUAUCAGGUGAUUUGCUGGUUCUGGAUCUCGGCCCAUGGGGACACUCGCCAGUGGAGUGAUAAGUGUUGUCCGAUGACGCUUGAUGAGAGAAGAUGCGUGUAGGUUUACAGCGCCCCCUUCACGCAGAACUCGGAAGGGGGAUCAUACUGUGUAAG